AUGGGGGCCAAGAAACUGAAAAAACUGAAGAAAGUUGUCUUCUAUGCUGAGCGUUCACAGGAGAGUCUCUCACCAGGACCCUCAAGGCAGGAAGUUAUGCAGACCCCAGUCCUUAUGGCCCUCUUGAAGAGUCCUGGGCCUGGGAGGUACCUCCGCCCAUCUUGCACAGGCUACUUGGGCCACGAUGUCUCCAUGCACAGAGCACCAGCCUACACUUUCCACAUCGGGCAUUCAGAGAAGCGGACCACUGAUACCUGCAGUCCUGGGCCCUGCCACUACUAUGACCCCCGGGUCACCCGCUUUGGAGUGUCGAGCUGCUCCCAGGUUCCGAUGGAAGAACGGAUAGCAAACCUACGUGUGUGGUCUACACCAGCGCCCCCUACCUACUUCUGGGAGAAGGUUCAUCCCCCCGGUGAACGCCACGCACCCCAGUACACUAUGGGCUACCGCUGUCCGUAUCGUGUAUCCGACCCUAACCCAGCCCCUAACCAGUACCCACAGCCCCGACGGCUGGGGUAUGGCACCCCUGUCAACCACUCUGCCCCAUGUUAUAGCUUUGCUUCCCUGUCUGAUCCAUGGUAUUUCAACAAGGAAGUCUACCAAGGCCCUGGCCCAGCCAUGCAUGCCAGGCCUGAGCCAUCAGUUUACCAGAACCGGAGCCCCAUCUACUCCAUGGGCAAGCUCUUUGGGUACCCCCGUGACCAGACAAACUACCCAGGUCCUGGUUCCCACGAGGUGCAAACAGUCACCAUGCACAAGCCCCGGCCACCUUCCUUCUCCUUUGGCAUCAAGCAUUCACCUCACCUCACUCCACUGGUUGUGGAUGUGAAGGAUUGA